AUGCUGUGGUAUCUGCUUUCUCCAAUCAGAGGGACGAGCGAUCCUCCCCGUCUACGACCUGAUCACCCAAUCCGAAGAGCUUUCUAUCGACAUGGACUCAUUACCGCUCGCUACUGGCUACUUUGUAUGCUUGUUUCAGUAUCGGUCGGUGUUUCUUUGAUCUACCCGACUGUGUUCUUAUCCGAUUUUCCUGCUGCUGGACUCAGUGGACUUCCUCAUCAUGUUUGGGCCUCGACCAGGGCAUUUCCUGGCGAUGCAAAUAAACCUCAUGAUCUCGAGAUGCGACAAGUAUGGAUUCAUGGAAGCUAUAUGAAAGCACUUGAGAAGGACCUACUUCGGGACGUUUUUGUGCUACAAAAUGCCAUCCUUGGUGAUGCAGCCACCGAGGCCUUUGCCUCUGACGCUCAUAACUUUGCGCACCCAAACUGGGGCUAUCAUUCACCCCUUACAUACUGGAAUAAUUCUCUGGCCAGAUUAGAAGCAGAUCCGGACAUCUUGCAGACAGUCAAUGAAAACACCUGCCAGCCUUCUUUCCUGAACUUUACUCUUCGUCCUUUAUCAGUCUUUGCUGGCAAGGCCUUUUCUGGUUCACAACUCGAAGCAGCUGAUGCUUUGAUUAUUUCCCUCUUCAACCGCAACAACGACCCAAAAGGAGAGAUCUGGCAGCGGAACAUCCAAAUCGUUGCUAGUCAGUCUUCAGGUCUACCCAUACAGUACCAGCGAAAUGGCACACCUGAACAUAGUCAAUUGUUCGAGUACCGCAUACAGCCACUGAGCUUCCGCCAGAACUCUCUUCUGGCAAUGGCAUAUGGCAUUAUAUUCAUCUACGUCGGUCUGAGUUUGAGAAGGCUCAAGGCCUUCCACAGUCGUUUUGGUCUGGUGGUUACCGCCAUCACUCAGAUGACAACCUCUAUUCUUGCAAGCUUCACCAUAUGUGGGUUGCUGCAGAUCAAUCUCGCUCAGAUACCACAAGAAGCCUACCCGUUCGUGGUUCUUGUCAUCGGGCUUGAGAACAUAUUUAGACUGAUCAAUGCUGUUGUGGCCUACCCUCCAGAGAUGAUGAAUACACAACGCAUAGCGAACGGCAUGGCUGAUAUUGGGCACUCAUCUCUGGCAUCAGCUGCGCAAAAUCUGCUUAUCCUCUGGUUACUAUCGCUGGUUGUAUCGCCAGGCGUGGCAGCAUUUUGUGCCUUUGCUGCUGUUGCGCUCCUCUUCGACUACUUUUUCCUUCUCACAUUCUUCCUCGCCGUGCUCAGUGUGGAUAUAAGAAGAUUGGAGCUGCAGGACUCGAUCACCAGGAGCAGCAGCUCCCAACCAAAGCAGAAGUCAAGGCCGAAACACCACCGUGCUCAUAGCCAUCACCACGGCCAUCAUCGAGCCGAGAAACAUACGUGGGUAGAUGCUCUGAUUCACGGAAAAGUUCCGUUUUCGACGCGCAUGGCCGGCUCAGCGGUUACCAUUAGCUUUGUCAUGGCUUUGAACUGGCAUCUUACUGCUCAUGGUCCGCGUACUUCUGCAUCGGGUGUUUUCCCGGGCCUCUUUGAGAAGCAGGCUUUACCCAUGACGGCCUUUGAUGGAACGGUACCUCCACCAACGGAUCAAAGCCCUCAUCCUGCGACGUGGCUUCGUACACAAGAUUAUGAGAAUGCUGUACACUUUAUGAAAGUUGUCAAACCUGGAGCUCAAGGAUUUGUUGCAAAGAUCUACGAUCCCUUGAUCAUCACACUAGGAGGCGCAGACCGAAGUGGUAUACUUCUUCGCAAGGAAACAUGGCUAAACUCCCUUCGCGGGGUCGCCAUCCAACACUUCUACCCUACAGCUAUCACAGUUGUGUUCGUCGUGGCUUUUGUUACGGUCCUCAUGAAUUUCCUUUUGUGGGAUGAUCGAGCUGAAGAUGCAGAGUACGAGAAUGGAGGCGAUAAUCUCCCUCUGACAGUACACGCGAUUGAGACAGGUCACAUGCUUGAUGUUGUCAAGAUCACAGGCUGCAGACAGGGACACAUGCUAUCCAUCAGUCUAGACCGCACCAUCUCGAUACUCCUCUUCAAGCCGGUCAGCAACUCUUAUAUGACGAUACAUCCAUCACCAGCAUCAUGCGCACAGAUCAAAUGGCCCAUCCAUGCUUGUAGUAUCAGUGACAAGGGCGACUGGAUGGCUAUCUUGGAUGACAACGGCAAGGUGCUACUCGGCAAUCUGUCAAGAGGCGAGUUCACUCAUGACUUCAAUAUGGACAGCGAGGAGAAGCUUCCCCUCCUCUUCGAGUUCGUGCCUUCUCCAUCAACACCGAACGGACAAGGAGUCUCAUUUGCGGUCGUGUCCGCAGACGGAAAGUUAACAGAAUAUCACACCCACAACAAGUCAAUCCAGACUUUCCGAGUGUCAGAGGGAGAGUUGUUAGCAGCCUCAUUCAGUUUGGCUCAACGACACUUGCCCAAGAUUGUCCUCUUACAUCCGGAUGGACAUAUCUCGGCAUUACAGAAAGCAUCAGGCAUGUGGAGCUUCCGAGAAAUGCCAUUGGGAUAUCCUCGUCCACUGUCGGACAAGGCAGCCAGCGCAAAUGCAUGCCUCCAGACCAUUGAUGAAGUGGAAGCAUCUCUAAUUUGCACAACCAACACCAUUACGCUACUCCAUACACCUACCGUCCGCCAAUCGGGCUCCUUUAACAUUCCAAACGUCAAGCCCAACAGCGUGCGGGUGCUGCAUACCGGCAGAAACCAAUGUCUCAGCUGCGGCGGCAUGACAGCAAGCAGUCUAUCUCUGGUAUUUACGGACAACGAAACAAGAGAAUGUGUAGUCCGAACAUACGCAGCUCAAGGCGAACCCUCCAAACCUCUCGGCCUCUUCACAGAAGAUCUCGUCUGUAACUGCGCGGCCAAGUUCCACUGGGAGAAGAAUGAACAUAGGCUUCAGGACGCCGGAUCCUGGGAGUCAACAACAGAGGCAGUAGUCGGGCUACGAAGAAAGCCUCAAACUCCACCAAGUUCUCCAGUCAUAUUGCCGAAAGACAACGGUAAUAUACUACGCCGACGACGAAGAGGCACAGGAGCCAGCACAUCCUCGGGAGACGAAAAUGAGCAAUGGGAAGCAUAUCUCUACUCAGCAUCUGGUGAACUCCACACUGUAGCCAUCGACAUGUCAGGAGAAAACCAACUCUACGCCACCAGAGCAGGCCCAGCAUGUCAACUCGGUUAUCGUUCUGUAGCCAUCGUGCUAGGCAGCACAGUGUACGUUAUCAAAGUGUGGGAGAAUUGGAAGGACAAUGGCGCUAAAGGAGUUUCGGAUGGAGGAUCACAGCCAUUGCUUUCACGGAGGAGGUGGACUAGAAAGGCGCAGUGA